AAUCACAAAAAAAUCUGAAGGGGGAUUUUUGCUGUAUCUUGGCUCAGAUGUUCCUUCUCAGCUCGGGUUAGCUGGUCCAGAUGUCGGAGGACCAGAGGCACCAGCUGUCGGACGCCUCCCGGCGGGGGGAGGCGGGUCUGGAGGCGGGGGAGGGCGACACGGAGCCCAGCAUGCUGCUGCAAAAACUCAAGAGCAACAUCUCGAAGAGUGUUCAGACCAAAGUGGAUCAGAUCCUGCAAGAAGUUCAGCGUUUCUCUGACAACGACAAGCUGUACCUGUACCUCCAGCUGCCCUCAGGACCCAGCUCCGGAGACAAGAGUGGUGGGGACUCCAGUUCGUUCAACACAGCCGACCAGCUUCACACGUGUAACUGGAUCCGAAGUCACCUGGAGGAGCAUUCUGACACCUGCCUGCCCAAACAAGACGUCUACGAGACAUACAAGAGAUACUGUGAGAACCUGCAGCAUCGUCCUCUCAGCGCCGCAAACUUCGGGAAGAUCAUCAGAGACAUUUUCCCCAACAUCAAGGCUCGACGGCUCGGCGGCAGAGGACAGUCCAAGUACUGUUACAGCGGCAUCAGGAGGAAGACCGUUCUCAACAUGCCUCUACUGCCCAACCUGGACCUGAAGAACGACCCGGCCGAACUGACCGAGCUGGUCCAGACGUACAAACAGGAAGUGACAGAGGCGGCGUGCGAGCUGAUCUGCGAUUGGGCCCAGAAGAUCCUGAAGCGUUCGUUUGACACGGUGGUGGAGAUCGCCCGGUACCUGAUCCAGGAGCACAUCGUGAACCCUCGCUGCAGCCAGGCAGAGCUUGUCACCUCUGCAGCCCUCGCAGGAGGUCCGGCCAAAACACACAAAGUCAUCAAGAAAACGCCGGUGAUCUCUAAAGCAGAGAGCGACGGAGCAGAUCUGAAGAGGGACCUCGGAGACUCUUCCUCCUUGUCUUCGCUGAAACUCCCGUCAGGAGAGAAAUCAGCCGCAGCCAAACCUUCCUCCCUGGAUGCUCCGCCUCCUCCCUCCUCUUCCUCCUCCUCUUCUCUUCGCCCUGCUGUCGAGGCCUUCAUGAAGCAGCUCCCCAGAAUCCUCCCCCGCAGCUCCAUCCCUGAUAAGACCCAGCUCUCGGUCCGCUCCUCUCCCCCAUCACUGGCUCCCAAAGACGCCUCAGGUGUGGGGGUGGCUUCGGGACCAGGAGGCCCUGCUGCUGCCGCCGCUGCCAGCGGUGGUGGGGUGAAGGUCAUUGCCAUGGCGACAUUGCCCCAGCAGCAGGGCGCUCCUGUUCCGGUGAUGAUCCUUCCUCAGCGAUGUCUGUAUGAGAGGGACAAGGUCACACCGCCACAGCCGCCUCCUCCUCCUCAGCAGCAGCAGCACGGCCCCGCAGCCCCGACCUCAGUGGUGCAGAAAGCCCGAGCAAGUGCUAGCAAACGCCCCCUGGAGGUGACGUCCGGGGGCGGCGGUGCUGUGGGUCUGUCUGGUGGCUCUGCCGCCAACACUCCCCCGGUGAAACGGAAACGUGGACGACCAAGAAAACCUCGACCAGAGGACGCCCUGCCUGCUCCUCUUCCUCUUCCUCAACCUGCAGUUCUUCCUCCACAGCCUCCCUCUCUACCGCCUCCCUCUCACCCUCCCAUCAUCACCUCCCUGACAGGCGGCGUCAUACAGAAGGCCUCCUCCUCCUCGCAGCCGGUGCUCGAGCUGGUGAUUCAGGACCAGCCGGGUCUGGUUUUGAGCCACCUGCCUGCAGUAUCUGACCCAGCUCACCGGCUGUUGGAGCACCGCGGGGUCGUGGUCCAGUGUCAGCCAGGCGGAGCGGGGGAGCCGGACCACCACAGCAGGCCUCUGCUGCUGUUCCACAGUCCGGGAAACCCAAACUGGGAGCUGGCGCCGCCUGGAAGGAACCCGAUGGUGGAGGUCAUCCAGAAAGCUCCGAGGCCAAGCAAUAACAACAGCAGCAGCACCGCUGCACCCGCAGCACACCUCCACCCUCAUCACCCUCUCCCUCUGCCCACGCUGCACGAGGAGCGGGGCGAGGUGGAGAUCACCCUGACGCCGCUGGAGAUGCCCGUCGGCCAGCCGCUGCCUUCCUCCUCCACCUCCUCUCCUCCUUGUGCUGCUGCUCCGGCCUCCUCUUCCUCCUCCUCGUCCUCCAUCACGUUGAAGCCUGAGGAGGAGGAGAAGGAGGAGAGCUCCUCUCAGAGAGGACACUAGCACUCACCUUUCUUCUUCCUUCUCUUUGUAUUUUCUAUCAGCCGACCUCCCUUACUCAGCUGUUACCUCACGCUAAAACGAAACCCCGCCCCUUUACCUCGCCUUUUCCUUAUUGGUGGAAAUCCCAGAUUGGCCUCGGAGAGAGCCAAUCAGGAGGAUAAAUGAAGCCAACGUUCCCUCCAUCAGCUGCCAUUGCACUUAUAACCAGACUGGACGCUUCAGAAACCUGUGAUACUUUACCUGCAUGUCUGUACGUCUAAAACCAGAAGAUCCACUCCUCAGGUGGCCGGGACAGAUUUGAACCUUCCUCCCUUCCUUGCUUCCUCCUUUCCUUGCCACCUCGUAUUUUUCACAACUCCUCGGGUUUGAUCUUUAAGGACAGAAUUCUAGAAUGUUGUCUUUGAUCUUUAAGGACAGAAUUCUAGAAUUCUGUCUUUGAUCUUAAAGACAGAAUUCUAGAAUGUUGUCUUUGAUCUUAAAGACAGAAUUCUAGAAUGUUGUCUUUGAUCUUUGACGACAGAAUUCUAGAAUGUUGUCUUUGAUCUUAAAGACAGAAUUCUAGAAUGUUGUCUUUGAUCUUAAAGACAGAGUUCUAGAAUGUUGUCUUUGAUCUUUAAGGACAGAGUUCUAGAAUGUUGUCUUUGAUCUUUGAGGACAGAAUUCUAGAAUGUUGUCUUUGAUCUUAAAGACAGAAUUCUAGAAUGUUGUCUUUGAUCUUUGAGGACAGAAUUCUAGAAUGUUGUCUUUGAUCUUAAAGACAGAAUUCUAGAAUGUUGUCUUUGAUCUUUGAGGACAGAAUUCUAGAAUGUUGUCUUUGAUCUUUAUAGAAAAAGAAACCACACGUAAAAAGAAAGAAGAGAAUAAUUCAAAGGAAAGCAGCGAAGAUACAUAGCAGGGGAAGAGGAGACGGACACUUCAGCCUGAAGAGGACAGAUACUGAGGGUACUACGGGUCAGAGCCUUGUGAAGGUUCUUUGUGUUAAAUAUGAAAAAUGACCUCUUCAGCAGAGUUCAGCUUCGAUUCACCGUCUUUCCUUUUAGGAUUAAUGCUGAAAGGGUUGGGGAUGUGGAACAUCUGCAAAAGCACGUCCAUAGAAACACAUCUGAGUUUAAAAGUGAAAGAACUCAACAGAAAGGAGGGAUGGAGUUUGAAAAAUCUUCUUCAUUGAAGGUGAAUCAAAGCUGGACUCUGCUCUCGUUUUCUUUAGAGGGUUUCUGUUCUAAACAGAUUUGGUUUGUUGUGUUCGUAUCAGUGGUUUAAGUUUCUAUUUCCUGUUCUGUGUGUGUGGAUGUUUGUUUGUGUCUGACACAGGGAGGGACAAGACACUUAAAUUUAAUGCUCUUAAAACCCACUCAUCAGAGAUAUCUCAUCACAGAUCCUUGAUAGCAUGAACGGUACCAAACCGGCGCUGCCCCCCCCCGCGACGGUUUAGGAUUCAUCCACUGAGAAAACUCGGUUUGAUCUCUGCUGUGUAGAACACAGAGCCGUGCAGGAGGUUGGAAACCUAAAAAACUAAGGAUCAAAUUCAGCGUUUGACGUAUGAAGCACUUCAGCAGGAAGAAAAUGCAAGCCGGCCAAGCAAGCUUGUUUCUAAGUGCCCAGUGUUGUUUUCGUGAAUCCUGAGUGGGCGCCACGUUAAUCCAAAGAAGUAAACACGGGGAUUAGAACGGAUCACGCCAAAUAAGCAAAUUGAUUAGGUUCUUGAUAAGAUUGGCUAACGGCAAACUUAAGCAGCUUACUUAAACUUCCUUAACUUAAACCCUUUUACCCAGAUCCUGAAAAACAAAAAGGUAUUCUUACACGGGACUUCCACCAGAUCCGUCUCUGUGCGCUCUCGUCCGUCAACACCCACCUGUUGUGUCUUGUGUAUCUGAUCCGGAGGACUCCGACCUGCCGAAUCAGAGACGCAGCCGGAACGCAACGGAGCGGAUCCAGUGGAGGUUAACACAUUGACUAGAAUAGAUGAGAUCCGGUGCUGUGAUGGAUCGGAGACGGAUCUGGUGGAAUUUGGCCUUUAGUUUUUCUCAGUGAAAACAUCCUGAAGUGCUCCUCGUUUUUAAAAAUCCCUUCCUUGGUUCUACUGCUGCACAAACAUGUCGGCCAUCUUUAAAGAAGGGAACGCAAACAACCCCCACACAUUAAAAAAAACUCAUCCGCAUAUUUCAAAUCCGGACAUUUAUGCUUCACCUGCAAGAGCUGACUCUGCAGUAUGUGAGGAUGAAAUGUUAAAGGGAAAACAUGUCGCGUUUUAAAACCAGAAAUAUGACCAGGAUAUUUUAAACUCUUUGCUGCGGACGCUUUUCAGUCAACGCCAAAUCGAAUCAGACGGUCAACCCUGUUCGGUCAGAGUUCCCUCCAUGCCAAACUCAUGAGACUGACGAUAGCACUUACACGGCCAUACAAUGUCCACCCCCUUCCUCCUUAUUCCCUGUGCAGCCUUUGAGGUAGAGCCACACACACGCGCAGGUAGAAGUCCCUUUCUGUUCGAUCCACUCAGGCUCAAAGCACAAAGAUACACGGAGAGAGCUAAAGGCAACCUAACGAUGCAGUAAACAGGAUGUUUUUAUGAGGGAUACGUUAGCUUCUGUAGCACCGACGUUUAGUUGUCAUAUGUCGCCAUGCACCUUUUGCACUAACACUUUCAUUUCCUCUGAAACAACGUCAGGAUCAGCAAUGUGAUGUCACCGUGACCGCACACGAAUCUGUCUUUGUCGUCUUCUUUGGGUUCGUUUUUCUUGGGGUGACACUCAGAGGGGCUGUGAGCCGGGCGCCAGGGCUACAAACACUGUUACUUCACGAACACCCUGACAUCCUCCUCUUCUUCUUCACGGAAACACGUCGUCCUCGCGGCAACAUCACAUUGCUAACACAUGUUCUUCACCUCUGCCAAACUGCCUCUUGCUCCAUGUAGGGCUACCUUCUCUUCAUCCUUGGUGCUAAUACCUUUGACCCUCUCUGUUUCCACCCAUCAGUUACAUUUUAUUACAAAAAAACAAACAAAAACAAGAAAAAAAACUUUCAGUCAACGCUCGACCAUCGGACAGAAUUCUAGAAUGUCGUCUUUGAUC